ACGUGAAGGCAUCAUCUCAGUCAACGUGCGUGUGGGCGUUGCUCCGCCCUCCGACGGUCAGUGACAGCAGCACGGCAGACCACCGCACGUCCGCUCCUACACGGCAGAUCCCCGCACCACUAAUCCUCCGCGACCAUGAAGGAGCUCAGUCUGUCCAGGAUCGUCCUCAUCCUCCUGUGUGCACUGGUCUUUGUCGUCGUCCUGGUUGUCAACGCUUUGGCCGGAGCGGGAAAGGGAUUCUUCCAUUCCACUACUGGCAAUGUGUCGGCCCGCUAUGAGACGGGCAUCACUCCCGCUGGCUGGACCUUCUCCAUCUGGGGCGUUAUCUACACCUGGCUCACCCUGAUGGUCUUAUACAUCACCUCAUAUGUUUUCCGAGGGUCAUGGGCUCAGUGCCUGCUGCCCUAUGCCUUCUAUUUCUGCUGGCUGUCCAACAUGGUGAUGAAUGUGACGUGGCUGCUGCUGUGGGACAGAGAGUUGAUGCUGGCCGCUCUGGUGAUGUUGAUCCUGAUUGUGAUUUCCAACUACAGCGCUCUGUUUUUCUGCUGCUUCGCCACCGAUUACUACGGACUCUGGCUACAGACAUACCAUCGCAAAGACCUGGCCUGUCUCUACAUACUGCUCCAGAACGGUUUGGCUCUCUACACCACGUGGACAUCCAUCGCCUCUCUGAUCAACUUUUCCUUGGUUCUUCACCUGUGGGGCGUGGACAGCAGCACGGCAGCCAGCGCCUCGCUGUGCAUCCUGUUUGCGGAGGUGGCGGGAUGGUUCAUCCUGGAGAACUGGGUGCUGGACCGCUGGGUGCGGAACAUCCUGACAGUCUAUCCUGUGGUGAUCGUGGCACUGGUUGGAAACGUCUUCAAACACUUCAACCCAGCUGAUCCCACUCCCAACUCUGUGUUCAUGGUGGUGCUGUUGGUGUUGGCGUGUGUCCUGCUGGUGUCCCGAGUCUGCACGGUCAUCUGGAGGAACAAGUGUCGUCCCCUCCACUCGCCCGGUUCAGCCCGGGUCAUGGUGUCACCUCUCGACAGCAGGAAGUUCAGGAUCUUUUCUUAAAGCGGCAGGAACCAUCACUCCCGGCGCAGACCCUCCACUCUAAGCCCAGACACAAGCAUUCUAUACUCACACUAGUCACUGCAGUAUUCAUGUGGUCAUUGUACAGGAAGGCAGGAAAACUUCAGCCAUUGUCUUUUUCGUGGUUUUACACCUGAAACACUCUGUUUAAAGGAGACAUAUUCUGCUUUUUAAGUUUUUCUAUUUCCCCCAGUGUGUUGGAGGUUAUUGUGUAUGAAAAAGUUUCUGCAAAGUUAAAAGUCUUUGGCAACAGGAGCUCCCCUCCCCGACAGAAAACUCUGCUCCCGAAGCUCCUCGUCAGUUGCCCGGACGAUGCUUCUCUGGCGUCGUGAUGUCGAACAUGAGGCCCGGCUGACGGGGUGAGUUUGAAUGUUCAAAUUGGCUUAGGAAGUUUCCUAAAUCUUGACGUGACCCGGAAUAUUUGAUAGGCAGUGAUGAUAAGAGCUGUUUGGAUUCUCUAAAUGCAUAGGAAAGGAGCUUCAAUGCUUCUUUCCCUAUCUCCUUUAGCAUAGGGUACACUGGAGCUUCCUAUGCGAAAGGAAAGUAUAAAUAGACGCCCCAUAAUUCAUUGCAGCAGCGAUACUUAACGUGACGCGACAUGCACAACGUAAGCGAUUCAAUCCAAAGUAGAAGAAGUAGAAGAGUAUGAAUAAUGACCCAGAAGAGACGCACGUCAUCAUGUAUGUCUGGCACAAUAUUGCAGGAAUUGACAAUAAAGUUGACUUGACUUGAUGUCACACGGUGGUAAAACACUGAAACAUGCUGAUGGAGCCGCUGCGUUUUUUGUAGUUCAUCUUCGGAGAUUUGACGUCUCACCAUGACAGAUGCAUCAAUAACUUCUGCGUCGCGUGAUGACGUAGUUUAGUGAAAGUCGAGUAGGAUUCUCUGAGCAGCGUUGACGGCUUUUCCUAAAUCCUAUGAAUCCUCCUUCACACCUUUCCUUGACUUUUUUCCACUGAGGUCAAGGAAUAGUAGAUAGGAAGGAGGAUCCAAAUCCUCCCCGAGGCAGGAAACUGAUGUGUUCACUGAACACCAGAGCAUGAAAACACACAUUAACAUUAUGAACCUGUAUAUGAGCAGAGUAUGUCUCCUUUUAAAUACUAAUGACCUGCUAUAACUGUUAACCUCUGCUUACAUUCAUACUGUUCAUAUGUAAAGUACUUUUUACUGACUUGUUUUGCAAUUUGAAGGCAGUUUUAUUUUUGCAUUUGUUUUUUUUAUGACGUGUACCCAGUGGCCGUCAGUCAAAGAUGCUUUGACAUCAUCAUGAUUUGCUGAUGGGAUCAUAGAGAGACUCUAGAUAUUACUAAAGAUAUUAUUAACCAUAAAACUACACAAAUAUUAAGAAUGUUCAUAUUAUGUUUGUAGAACAGGACAGAACCUCCAAGAUCCUCAACUUCAGUCCAUGAUCUGCUCAUUUAUUAUAAAAAGCUCAGCACUUUAUUUCUUAUCUUCAUUCAUUCUUUGCUUUUAUCAUUUACUCUUUGAUUCUGAGUGAUGUUCUCUAUAUCAGCACUUUUAUUGAAAUGAAUUUUCUUAUGUGGGACAAUAAAGCUCUGAGGUGAAGAUGAUUAAAACCAGCAAAGAUUAAACAUCACAUGGAAUAAAAGACUAAAUAAAAUGUUAAAUGUUAA